GUCCACAAGGCAGAACAGGAAACCCUGGCAAGCCAGGACCGAAGGGGAAAGCAGGAGCUACGGGCAAGGCAGGCCCACGAGGGCCCAAGGGUUUAAAGGGUAAUCCUGGAAAAAACGGGGCACCCGGAAAGAAAGGGCCCAAAGGGAACAAGGGCGAGACCGGGAUGCCAGGACCCUGCACCUGUAAUGCCAACAAAGCCAAAUCUGCCUUCUCCGUGGCAGUCUCAAAGAGCUACCCAAGGGAAAGGCUGCCCAUCAAAUUUGACAGGAUCCUGAUGAACGAGGGAGGACACUACAAUGCUUCCAGUGGGAAAUUUAUAUGCAGCAUCCCAGGUAUUUACUACUUCACUUAUGAUAUCACUUUGGCCAACAAACAUUUGGCCAUUGGCUUGGUUCACAACGGGCAGUACCGGAUCAAGACUUUUGAUGCCAACACUGGGAACCAUGACGUUGCUUCUGGAUCAACCAUCCUUUCUCUGAAGCAGGAGGAUGAGGUAUGGCUGCAGAUCUUUUACUCAGAACAAAAUGGGCUCUUUUAUGAUCCCUACUGGACAGACAGCUUAUUUACUGGCUUUCUGAUAUAUCCUGAUCAAGAUUAUCUCAAUGAAAUAUAG